GAUUCUCAUUAUUACUAGCUGACAUGGGCUGACGAGGAACUCUACAUACUAGAGUUUUUAGGUAGGUCCGGCCCGCCUGCUCCCUCUGUGAGCCUUGGGUUCUCUUCUGUCUGUCUCUCUCUGCAGCAUGCGUGCAUGUGCAUCCAAGCCAUCCAUGGCCGCAGAAGCAACGGGCGGCAGCGUGCGCGCGGGCGCUCACGGCGGCGCUGGAGCUCCCAAAUUAGCUCGCCCACGGCUACCUGCGCGCUCCGCCCAACACUGCGGCCCAGCGCCACCGCCCACCGCCCACCGCCCACCGCCCACCUUAAAGAUCGACGGCAACAACGCCACUGCUCCCCUCAGGCCGGCCGGCACCGUCCACGACCGACGACGACCAUGGCGAGUAACAAGCCCCUGCUCGUCGUCGCCCUCGCAGCAGCAGCCGUCCUGCUGCUGCUGCUGCCGCGGCAGGCCGCGGCGUUCGGCCCGCCGGUGGUGGCGCCGGGCGCGCAGGGGACGCCCGGCGCGGCGUUCGGCAGCUGGAUCGCCGCCAACGAGAAGAGCUACAAGACCAACGUGGCGCUGUACGCGAUGAAGGCCGCCGGGGACGGCGCCAAGGUCCUGGACGCCAACCUGACGGCGGCGGAGGAGAAGCGGGUCACCUACAAGGUGGACCCCUCGGGCGGCGGCGACUACGCCACCAUCACCGCCGCGCUGGCCGACGUCCCCGAGGGCAACGCCAAGCGCGUCGUCCUCGACCUCAAGCCCGGCGCCGUGUUCCGCGAGAAGAUCUUCCUCAACCUCAGCAAGCCGUUCCUCACGUUCCGGUCGGACCCCAUGUCCCCGGCCACCAUCGUGUGGAACGACACGGCGGCGACCACCGGCAAGGACGGCAAGCCCGUCGGCACGGUGGGCAGCACCACGGUGGCCGUCGAGUCGGACUACUUCUCGGCGCACGGCGUCGUGUUCCGGAACGACGCGCCGCUGGCCAAGCCCGGCGCCAAGGGGGGCCAGGCGGUGGCGCUGCGGGUGUUCGGCACCAAGGCCGCCUUCUUCAACUGCACCAUCGACGGCGGGCAGGACACGCUGUACGACCACAAGGGCCUCCACUACUUCAAGGACUGCCUCAUCCGCGGCAGCGUCGACUUCAUCUUCGGCUUCGGCCGGAGCUUCUACGAGGGCUGCCGGAUCGAGUCGGUGGUCAAGGAGGUGGCCGUGCUCACGGCGCAGCAGCGCACCAAGUCCAUCGAGGGCGCCAUCGACAGCGGCUUCUCCUUCAAGAACUGCAGCGUCGGCGGCGUCAAGGGCGGGCAGAUCUACCUGGGGCGGGCGUGGGGGGACUCGUCGCGGGUGGUCUACUCCUACACGACCAUGGGGGAGGAGGUGGUGCCCAUCGGCUGGGACGGCUGGAACGUCGCCAAGCCGGAGAGCAGCGGCAUCUACUACGGCGAGUUCAAGUGCUCGGGACCCGGCGCCGACGCCAAGAAGAAGAAGAGGGUCGGGUGGUCGCUCGACCUCACCGAGGAGCAGGCCAAGCCCUUCGUCGGCACGCACUACAUCUUCGGCGACUCGUGGAUCCAGCAGCCGACGGCGUACGGCAGCGGCGGCGGCUCAUCCUCCAGCAAGGGGAAGAACACGACAACAGCGGCGGCGGAAUCUGCCGGUACGAAUACGACGGCGACGAAAGGCGGCGCAAAGGCGUCGUCGGGGGCGACUGAGAAAGACGCGGAAGAGGGGGCGAGUACGUCGUCGUCGGGCUCAAAAGACGCAAAGGAAUCGGGGACGACGACGUCGUCGUCGGCGACGAAAGGCACAGAGGAAGAGGAGAAGACGUCGUCAUCGUCGUCGGCGACGAAAGGCUCAAAGGAAGAGGAGAAGACGACGUCGGCGGCGGCGACAAAAGAGAAGUAGGCGUGGGUACAUUUAUUUUAUUUAUUCAGGUCUUGUUCGGUUAAUUCCCUCUCCAAUUUCAUUGGAGGAUUGGAAGGGAUUGAUGGAGAUUUUGAAUUGCAUAGAUGUACAUACAAUGUGUAUGUGACAUAUUCCUAAGAGUUGCUGUUGUACUAUUCCGUUCAAUUAUUUUAAAUCGUCAUAU